ACAUGAAAAAUUUAACUGCAAGAGUAAAACUGCUGAUAACAUUUUGUUUGGUUAAGUGGCUAUUAAUUACACAUUACUUUCGAUAAUAAAAAAUGCAUUAAAUCCAUCCAGUAUGCAAGUAAAUGUCUCUUUCUAGACUCUCACAUGCUGGGUCUCCAAAACAAAUGGAAAAGAUGGAACCUGUUCACCAUCAAAGGGGCCGGUCCACUCAGUAAUCUUUUUUGUUUAUGUUGUCUUAGAUUUGUACUGACACCUGCAACGUGAAUGCCGCAUCACACAAACACAAUAGUUUUGAGUUACCAAUGCCAUUGUAGAAAUUCACUGUUCACAGUCAGCCAUGAUUAAUUUAAUCCAUGAGUGAAAGUGUCCAAUAACAGGGUGAUUUCUGAGAUUAAGUGAGUAGCAUUCAGCUGAUCAUGCGUCUAAAAUGGCUGCACCCUUGAGGGAACCCUCACCAUGCAGAAUAAAACAGCUUUUAUAAGGUCGACUGGAAUCUUCAAUUUAUCAGUGGUCUGAACUGGUGGCGUUUGACAUGAAGUGAUGUUUUGCCUUUAAGGUCGCAGGGAUGUAACGAUAAAUCAACGGACAGUAAGAUAUUGACCAAGAUUGAGGACACGGCUGCACGCCAGGUGGCGUUGUAAUGAAGAUCCAUGAGAAAAUUCUGACCCAUUACCUGUCCUGCACUUCACCUGUAGAUAAGGAGGGCUACCUCUACAAAAAGAGAGAGAGGAACGCCACUUACCUGCGCCGUUGGUUUGUGUUGAAGGGGAAUCUGUUGUUUUAUCAGGAGCGUCCAGGUGAUCGUAAUCUGUUAGGCGUGAUUGUUCUGGAGGGCUGUAUGGUGCAGGCGUGUGAGACGGACGGUCAGUUCUGUUUCUCUUUGGUGUUCACUGGACCAGGCCUUCGUACUUAUAGGCUGGCCGCUGAUGACCAUGUAAGCCAGGAGAGCUGGAUCAGUGCUCUGCUCUGUGCCAGUCACAUCUACCUUUCAGUGAUAGUCAGGGACCUGGAGAGACUCUACGAAGAAGCUAAAAAAGAGAAAGGCAUUUGCGAUUCCAUACAGACCUCUACAUUGACUGCUACUUUGGGUGAGAAAUCACCCAAUAACAUAAUGGCUUCCUGGAACAUUGGAAAUUCUUAUUUCUUGCAAGGGGCUUCCAUAGUACCCAGAGAUGUGAGGAGCUGCAGUACCAGUUCAGUACCACCUUCAUCUAUGCCAAAGAGGCCCAUCAGCAGUAGUCUUCAUGCCCCUCCUGUUCCAUUCAAAACUACCAAUAAGCGAUCUCCAAAGCUCUGGCCAAAGAGAAAUGCCCAUGUCACACCCUUAAAUAGUCCUGCACCAUCUUAUGGGGAGUGGCCAGUUGUGUGCUUUGAUCCAUUAGAAGAAUUCAGUAAACUGCAUGAGUACUUUGGAAAUGAAAUUAAGCAACUAAGAGCGAAUUGGCUAAAGAAGAAACAUGAGGAGGAUGGAUACAUUGUGGACGACCUCAUCGAUCUUGGCUAAUUGGAGUCCACACAAGUGUUAUCACAUAUCUGUAUUUGUUCUGUGUAUUAAGAUCCUGUCUGGCAUCACUAUGGAUGCAGUAAAUGAAAUUCUUGUAGAAUCCUACUGUCUUUUUAAGGUUCAGAAAAUAUGUGGAGCAGCACUGACUACUGAUCCUUGUGUGCCGUCUGGUAAAGGGUUUCUCAUUUCCUUUCAGCAGACAGGUUUCUGUACAUCUCAUCCCAGUUCCUUAUUGCUUAAUUUGUCAUAAACAGAACCAAAAUCACCAGUAGUUUACCCCAUGUCUUAAUUUAAUUAAGUGCAGACAUAUAAAUCUGCAAUUGUUUGUAAUGUAUCCAAAGCCAGGCAACAAGCACUGCAAAUACUAAGAAAUGAGGUUGUAUUUACAAUAAUCCUGUUUAGUGAAUCGAAAAAAUUAUUGUCUUAUUUUAAGAUUACAUGUUGGUGUAUUUGUGAAUGCAAAAUGAUAAUAGGCUAAUUAUUUAAGAAUUGGUUGUAAAUGAACUAUUUAUUAACAUAUUCCUCUAAAAAUGUACUGAGGUAACCUAAAUGUAUGUAAUUAUAUGUCAUUUUAAUAGGUUAGGUCAUUUUGUAUUUAUUGAGAAAUAUUCAUAUUUUAUCUGACAGUAAGGAUGUAAAUGAAGUCAUAGAAGUAAAGUGUGGCCUUGUUCAAACACCAUACUAAUGUGAUGUGUGGAGGAACAUACAUGCAAGUUACUGUUUUCUAGUUCUACCUUACAGAAUUUUUUUCAGUUCAGGAGGUUUCACAAACAAACCGAAAUACACACCCUGCCUCAUCUAACCCUUUCACUCCAAAUCAAUUCUUUAGGGAUGCUGAUGUCAUUUGCCUUUGUUCUCUUUAUUAUCAUUUAUGCUUAACCAUUCAAAACAUUUAAACAAUAUUUAAAAUCAACACGUUCUUGCAUUUGGGCAUGUUUGUUACUUGAAUGCUCAUUUCUGUGGUGGUCAUAUCAGUAUAUGUGAAAAUAAAACUUUAAUGACAGAUAGUUUGUAUGUAUUUAUUA